AAUUAUUUUAUCAAGUUAGCCAUUGUAAAAUUUGAAUUUGGUCUCUUUCCAAGUUGUUGCAGUUAGAGGAGCAGAAAGAGCUGCUGGAAAUCAGACUUAGGAAGUUGGAAAGCUGCAUCUAAUAAUGUCGAAGUGGAGUUGGAUUGCAUUUCUAUCCUUUUUCUAUUUGUUGCUGUUAAAUAUUCCUUUUGGAUAAUAAAUGGGUGGAAGGUCUCCUUCAGGUUUGCGGGUUUUUGCUGUGGAUUUGGUUGGCAAGCGGAGCAUCGAGGUGUUGAGCGCAAUGUGCGCGCGCGCUAAAAGGUCAUAGAGCAAGUAAUGUACUUGUUUGGAUGGGAAGACGGCAGAUUUUGGAUGGAUCUGCUGCGGCCAAGAUCGGGUUCGUCUGUGUUGUUUGGCUGAAGUUUGAUCGGAAAUAAGCCCUUUUUGCGUUGAUUGGUAUAUGGAGAAAGGUUCAACAGGCUCAGAAUGGAUACAUUAUGUUCUCAGCUAAUCCCAUGAGCUUAUUCUAAAGGCCAUCAAGGGAACUUUUAUUUAUGCUUUACCUGGAGUCAGCUGCCAAAGUUGAUGGGACUGCACAUGAAAGUUCUUUCCAUCUGCUUCAGUGGACUACUAUGCUUGAAUUUCAUUUGCUGUGAAAGGGAUCAAAAUGGGCCGGAUGAAGUGAAAUGGGUGUGCAAUUGUGCCGCUAAUCCUCUAGCAGCAUUCAGUUCCAACAGCUCUUACAAUUGUUCAACAUCUUGUCAUUGUAUACCAGAUGACUUAGGAUUGCCAGAUGGUGUUCGCUGGAAUUGUUCUUGUGCAUCUGUUUCAACUCCUCAGGCCACUGAAAGCAUAUACAGAUCCAGCUGUUUUACAUCCUGCAACUGUACAUUUGGCUCAACUGAAACUUUGGUCGCACAGAGGCCCCUCACCAGAAAGAUUGUUUUGGUUGCUUUCCUAGUCUGUGUUGUGAUCAUAUCAAUUGCAUUAUUUGCAUUGGUUGCACUUCAUGUCUACCGCAAGGAGAAGUUCCUUCAUCAACAACAAAUAUAUUCUUCUGCAAGAGACACGAGCUUCACCAGUUCAGCAAACUUAAUUAGCUAUCGAUCUGCUUCAUUCUUGCGAAACCAGCAUAAGGCUGAUACCCUGUUCAGCCCAUUCACAGAAUUUCUACGCAGGAUUACUGUCAUAUUUAAGGGGGAAAAGCAAACAAUACCUGGAACAAUUAUCCAGUUCUCAUUUUUUGAACUGGAACAGGCAACUGAUAGAUUCUCCGAUGCCAACCUUAUUGGGCAAGGCGUGAGCAGCAAUGUGUUCUAUGGCAAACUUUUUGAUGGAAGGAUUGUUGCGAUUAAGAAACUGAAAGCACUAAGUGAGACAGACGAAGAUUAUGAUUUUUUAACUGAGAUUGAAAUAAUAUCAAGGCUCAACCACUGUCAUGUUGUACCCUUACUCGGAUACUGCUGUGAAUAUCAAAGCAGAAACUACGAGAGGCUUUUUGUAUUUGAGUUCAUGUCAAAUGGUAAUUUACGAGAAUGUUUGGAUGUAAAACAUGGUAAAGAACCCUUGAGUUGGGUUACUCGAGUUCAUGUUGCUUUAGGAGUUGCAAAGGGCUUGGAAUAUUUGCAUGAAGCAGCUGCCCCUAGGAUAUUGCAUCGUGACAUAAAGUCCACCAACAUUCUCUUAGAUGACAAUUAUAAACCAAAGAUUACUGAUCUGGGCAUGGCCAAGUAUUUAAUGGCCGAUGACCUUCCAAGCUGUUCUAGUUCCCCGGCAAGAAUGUUGGGAACAUUUGGAUAUUUUGCGCCUGAAUAUGCUAUUGUGGGAAAAGCUUCCCUAAAGUCUGAUGUUUUUAGUUAUGGCGUAGUUCUUUUGGAAUUGAUCACAGGGCGCCAACCAAUUCAAAAAACAGCUAAAGGUGAUGAGAGCCUUGUAAUUUGGGCAACAGCACGUCUGCAUGAUAGCAAGUUGGUUGUGACUGAAUUACCUGACCCUCUUUUAAAAGGAAACUUCCCCGAGGAAGAGAUGCAGAUAAUGGCUCAUUUAGCAAGAGAAUGUCUCCAGUGGGAUCCAGAUUCUCGACCAACGAUGACGGAGAUUGUUCAGAUCCUCAACACCAUUGCUUCUGAGAAGUAUCGGACGGGGAGCUUCCAUGAAAACUUCCAUAUGGGACUCCAUUGGCGCAGCAUCAAAAGCACCACUGCUUCAGACAAAUCACAACACUGUUCACCUGCUAUAAAGGAAGUAGAACUAGCUCAAGAUACUUCAAACGGAACACAAGAGCAGAGCUCAUUGACUGAAUUAAAUCAAGAGAACUCAGAGAGAGUUCAUCUUAAUUGGCCUUUCUCGUCAAAAAAUGAUCAGAACUUGCGUGGGGAGAAGCCAAAAAAUCGAGAGAUGGUUCUUUCGGCCGAGUACAUGCACGAACUGGUGUUCCUAGCAUCAGCUUUUCAGAAUAGGGAAUCCUCGGAGGAAGAUGUGGAUCUCACUGAACCCCGUUUCGAGUCUUUUCUGUGAUGAGACAGAUAGAUAUCUCGCAAUUCUAAACAAAAUAAAUUAUUUUUUUGUAAAGUGAAAUGUUAGGGACAGUAAAGUCUGUGUUUUGAUUCUUCAAAUGCAGCGCUUUGCUUCUUAUCGUUUCUUAUGUAAAUUUAC